AUGGUGCUUAUGGUGGUUUUGAUAGGCGCGUCAGUAUUAUUUGGUACAGAGGCAACCAGGAACAAUGCGGGAUAUGACGAAGGAUACUAUACGGGCUUUCUUUCAGAUUGUCCUGGUUCAGAAAAGCCUUCCAUUAUAUCACGAGAGAGCCUCCAACAUUUAAGCAUCUUAGCAUUGGGAGCAAAAAGUUCACCAAAUGCAAAAAGGAAGAAAUACACAUAUUACCAAAUGAGAGAGUUGGCAAACGAUCCCACUAUGGAUUUUAGCAAGAAAACCAUGCUGUACGUAGGUGGAUUCCUUGAUUUCCCAACGUUUAUAUUGGCAAAACUAUUGGAAUCUACCUACAAGAGAUUGGGGUACAACGUUUGGUUAAUGGAUACCAACAGAUUUGUCACUGUAUCAUAUCCAAUUGCUUCGCGGCUGAUACGGACUGCGGGCAGGCACGCUGGUGAAAUGUUACACAAUAUAACUCGACAUAACAGUAAUUUCGAUCCGAAGAAACUAGAGAUAGUGGGUUUGAGUCUUGGCUCGCAAACCAUGAGUUAUAUGGCGAAGACAUACACAGCUUUGACAGGCAUGAAGAUAGCCAAGCUUACGGGAUUGGACCCAGCUGGCCCCUGCUUCAGGAACCUAGGUCCCGACCAAAGACUAGACAAAACUGAUGCUGACUACGUAGAAAUAGUAGCCACAAAUAUCGAUGGUUUUGGGAUAGCUGCGCCGAUCGGUCACGUGAAUUUCUAUAUCAACGGUGGUGAAUACCAACAUGGGGAUUUGGUUUGGUCUUUCUGCGAUAUGCUGUGCAGCCACUUGAAAGUGUUCAUAUUUUGGUACUCAGCAUUGGAGAGUCCAAACUCCUUUAUAGCAAUGCAAUGCGAUUCAAUACAGCAGGCGAGAGACCGGGACUGUUACGAUCGGAAACCGUUAGUAACUAAUCUACUUGGACUCAACGUUGAUAAAUCAAAAGAAGGCAUUUUUUAUUUGCCGGCCACAUACUAUUAUCCAUAUCAUAUGGGCGAGAAGGGAUUGCAAAGGAAAUACGAUCCAUAUUUCACUGUGUUAGAGGAAAUGAAUGCCGAUCCUGUAAUGGUAGUGUAA